CGUGCAUACCGGUCGUUCCCUCCCUCCCUCUCUCUCAGUCUGCGUGCUGUAGCCCUGCUGUGCGGUCCUCUCAGCCCUCUGUUGUAGCACCAAAGGGAGGAGGAGCCACCGGCACACACACUCACACACGCAUACUCACACAGACACACACGCUCUGACAUCUCACAUCAUCUCUUUCGCACACUCACUGUAAGCACCAGCCAAGCCAGCCAAGGCCCGUUUGGAGCAGGGGAGCCCAGCCGUCUCAUCGCCCAAGAUGGAUGUACUGAUGAAGGGGUUCUCCAUGGCCAAGGAGGGAGUGGUGGCCGCCGCAGAGAAGACCAAAGCCGGCAUGGAGGAGGCAGCAGCCAAGACCAAGGAAGGGGUGAUGUAUGUAGGCAGUAAGACAAAGGAGGGAGUUGUGUCAUCAGUAAACACAGUGGCCAACAGGACCGUGGAUCAGGCCAACAUUGUGGGAGACACAGCGGUUGCCGGGGCCAACGAGGUGUCACAGGCAGGCGUGGAGGGAGUCGAGAACGUCGCCGCAUCGACCGGGCUGAUCAACCAGGAGGAGCCUGUAUACGAGGGAGAGUACGGGGGAAUGGAGCAAGGAGGCGAAGGAGGAGAGGGGUAUUAGUCGUGUUCAGGACCUCCCCUGCCGUCCUCUCCAGCAGCCCCCCGCUCCCCUCGCCUCGCAGACUCCAGAUGUUCAACAUAUUUUUUUGUGACUUUACGGAACCAAAAUCAACUAAAACAGACUCUUCCGGAUGCCGCACCUCAGCCCCCUAACCCCCCCUCUGGAG